GGGAGAAGCAGCUGUUGGAGGAGGAGAGUGAGACAAAGAAGGAGCAAGGGGGGGCUGUCCUUACUUGCUCUCCUUGGCGUGGGAGGGGGCACAGCGAGGGGACUAAAGAGGAGCCCCGGUCAUUUUAUGUUUGCUGCGUGCACGGGCGAACGCAUGUGAGAGAGAGGCAUCAAAAAAAAAAAAAGAAACAAGACAAAAAAAGGGAAACCUUCCUUUGCCUUCCACUCCGGCCAUCAUGCACUGCAGGGGGAGGAGGGCGCUUCUUCUUCCCUGGCUGGCCGCGCUCCUGGCCGGGUUCCUGGCGGCCGGCUCGGAGUUCCAGCAUCACCACUACGAGGACAUGGUGAGAGCUUUGUUCGCCGUGCACAACCAGUGCCCCUACGUCACGCGCGUCUACAGCGUGGGCCGCAGCGUGGAGGCGCGCCACCUUUACGUGCUGGAGUUCAGCGACAACCCGGGCAUCCACGAGGCGCUGGAACCCGAGUUCAAGUACGUGGGCAACAUGCACGGCAACGAGGUGCUCGGCCGCGAGCUGCUCAUCAAGUUCUCCCAAUUUCUAUGCGAGGAAUUCCAGGCGGGAAACCAGCGGAUCAUGAGGCUCAUCUACGACACGCGCAUCCACAUCAUGCCCUCCAUGAACCCCGAUGGCUACGAGGUGGCCGCCAGACAGGGUCCCGAGUUCAACGGCUACCUGGUCGGACGAGGCAACGUGCGGGAAAUCGACCUGAACCGUAACUUUCCGGACCUGAACGCGCUCAUGUAUUACUAUGAGAAGACCAACGGACCGAACCACCACCUCCCGCUGCCUGACAACUGGGAGCAGCAGGUAGAACCGGAGACACGUGCAGUCAUCAAAUGGAUGCAAAACCACAAUUUUGUCCUGUCUGCCAACCUUCACGGCGGAGCCGUGGUGGCCAACUACCCCUUUGACAAAUCUCGAGACGCCCGCAUCCGAGGGAGGACCACCUACGCCGCCACCCAGGAUGACAAAAUCUUCCGAAACUUGGCGAAGACUUACUCGUACGCACAUAGCUGGAUGCACAACGGCUGGAACUGCGGCGACUACUUUGAAGAGGGGAUCACCAAUGGCGCCAGCUGGUACUCCCUGUCUAAGGGCAUGCAGGACUUCAACUAUUUACACACAAACUGUUUUGAGAUCACGCUGGAGCUGAGCUGCGACAAGUUUCCGUCCGAGUCGUCGUUGCCCAGAGAAUGGUUGGGCAAUCGCGAGGCGCUAGUUUCCUUUGUGGAACAGGUGCAUCAAGGGCUAAAAGGCAUGGUGUAUGAUGAAAACAACAACCCGAUUAAGAAUGCUGAGAUCUCCGUGUCGGGCAUCAACCACGACGUCACCAGUGGAGUGCACGGUGAUUAUUUCCGACUGCUGUUGCCCGGCACGUACACGGUGACGGCCACCGCCCCGGGUUACACCGUCUCCUUGAGCACCAUCGUGGUGGGACCGGCUGAAGCCACCCAGCAUAAUUUUUACUUGAAGAAAAAGGUACCCAAACUGACCGUGAAGACAAAGAACCACGGCAGGAGGAACCUGUCAUUUCCCAAGUCCACUUUAAAGCUGGGCCCGAGAUGAGGUAGCAAUUUCGGGAACACGCACACAUGCACACACAGUACUUUUAAUUUAGUAGUUCUGUGUUUGUUUUUUUUGUUUAAGUUUGUUUGUUAAUACCAGUGGUUUAAAUAAUUAUUCCAAGAACAAUGUAUUUAUGUAACAGUAUAACUGCACAUGAAGAUGGCUGUCUUUUUUUUGGGGGGGGGGAAUUGAGAUUUGCUGAAUAUAAAAAUAAAAGAAUGUGUUUUCUUCUCCUGUCACGUGACUUAACUUCUUAAAUAUCUGAUAUUUUUCUGAUGAGUAUGAAAACAUCCUAUUAAAAAAGUCCCUUUUGAGUGAUGGAGUACUUCUUCAGUGCAAGUUUUUCCAGAGGGUGGCGGCAAAGGACAAGAUGUCACAAAGCCUAUUUGCAACUAACAUGAGAGAGCACUGUCACAUAAAAACUCACAAGUGUAAAUAAAA